AUGAAAGCUGGUUGUCCGCCUGAAUUGAAAGCUAUGAAUGUUGCUGAAUUAGAUGAUUUAAGUUUGAUUGAAGUUAGUAAAUUGUUCGUGCGUGAAUCUGUGACUGAUGCUACAUGUGAUUGUAAAUCUUAUUGUGCAACGCAACGUUUUCCGUGUAAAACUGCUAAUAUCAAAUGUUCGAUAAGAUGUCACUCAAAAAGAGGACGUCGUAAAAACAAAGGAUAA